AUGGCGGGCAUUGGCACGCGGCACACACCUCUAGCACCCCUCGGCUCCGGCGCCUUAGCCGCCCUAGGGCUCAUACCACCCACCGGCUUCUCCUCCGUGGCAAUUCCGGUACCACGCGGGUCACUCUACCUGGAUCGUGUAAUCACCACGGAACCAGCGCCCAUCUCUAGUACACCAUCGCCGUCACAGAAAACCGCAGGGCGCACACUCCCAUCUCGUCUGAAGAGGGCGGGGUUUAACGGGGCUUUUACACUUCUCAUCGUGAACGAUAACCCAGUGGAUCGCAAGAUAUUCAGUAAGAUUUGUGAAAGAUGGGGACAGCCAUAUGAACUGGCCGAAAACGGCCGGGAGGCUGUGGAGAUUUACAAGCGAGAGCCAGAGAGGUUCCGCUGCAUUCUAAUGGACUUGGUCAUGCCCAUCAUGGAUGGGUUCGAGGCGACAAGACGGAUCCGUGACUUUGAGGAAGAGUCAUGGGACGCCUUCGUGCAGGCGUCAGCGUCGCCGAGCCAGGCCCGCUCUGCCCCGGCGCCUGUGCGGCGGUCGGUCAUCGUGGCGUUGGUGCCCUCCUAUGCUGUCUCAGGUCUUCAACAACGCAUCGUGGACACCGGGUUCGACUCAUCGAUCUGUCGACCUUACCACCUGGCCACAUUGAUCAACAUGCUCUUUAGCGGCCCCGGAAUGAACGUGGUCGGCCUGUUCGGCGGAGUAGACGAUGACAAGUUGAGAGAGGCAGGCUAUCCGUUACAAAUUACGCGGCGCAAGCCUAGCAGCAUUGGAGAGAAGGAAGUUGGCGAAGCUCUUGGUAGAGCUGUUUCCUAA